AUGUCAGGCGUUCUGUGUUUUGUUGCUGUCAGACAACAAGAGUCAAUCAUGGCUGCUUCCUUGGUACGGUGGCUGAAAAGAGUGAACGUUUUCUUGUUGAUAUGUCCUCUCUGUGUCCAAGCCUUCUUGAAUCUAGAGGAGCUGAAUGAGAUGAAAUAUGGGAUUCAAAUUCUUCCCGAUCCCGUCAUGUUGGGGCAGACCAAGACAGAGGAGGUUAUGAUGGUGUCCAGCAAGUACAAGCAGCUGUAUGAGUGUCGACUUCCACCCCAGGCCGUCCGAUUUCAUCAGGACCCCGCCUCUGAGCCUGACUCACAAGGGUACACCGGACCUGACAUCCCAGAUCUACUCGGUCCAAUGCACAAUGCCCAGUGUCUGGUGAAGACAAAGGACUGGUGGACGUACGAGUUCUGCCAUGGUCAGCAUAUCAGACAGUACCACCUUGAAGACACAGAAAUCAAAGGGGACAUUCUCUUCCUCGGUUAUUAUGAAUCUGAAUUUGACUGGAGCAAUGAAACGGCAAAGGCUUCCAAACAGCACAGGCUGAAGCGCUACCACAGUCAAACCUAUGUAAAUGGCUCAAAGUGUGACCUCAACGGAAAUCCCAGAGAGACCGAAGUCCGGUUUGUGUGUGAGGAAGGCUCAAGUGAUUACAUCGCCCGCGUGGAUGAGCCUCAGUCGUGCCGCUAUGUGCUGACAGUUCACACCAGUCGAACCUGCCAGCAUCCAUUCCUGCGGCCACCUUCCACUGCGAAGCCUCAGGGUAUUGUGUGCCAGCCAGCACUAAGUGCCCAGCAGUACAUGGACUACGUCAAGGCUCAAGUCUCGGACACAAAGCGUAAAGUAGAGCAGAUCUCAGAGGAGCUGAGGAGUCUUGAUGAGAUGUUGGCUGGUAAUGAAGAGGCAGAUGGAGCAGUGGAAGUAACAGCAGAAGAGACCUCACCUGCACCCAGUGAUGACCCCAACCAGUCAGACACAAAAGAUACUAGUGAUGUGUUUGAGGACGCCGGGUCAGAAGAGGCAGAAGACUCAGGCUUCUGGGAGGGAGUUACCAAGCCAGGGAGUUCAAAAACAACUGCUUCUCAACAGGACAAUCAGGCAGCUGAUGAUGGCUUUAACUCACUUACAGACAAUGAAGUCAUAGAUGAUGGUGAUGAAGGUGAAAAAUUCAACUUUAAAAUAAUCACCGACCCUGCAGACCUGAUGAAAUUUGUCCAACAUCUGAAAGAAAGUAACAGGAAGAAAGCACAAAACCAAGCUAAAAGCCGAGGAGAGAAACCUGCAAGCGUCAGGGCAACAGAGAUGCUGGGAGAGGAAGAGAAAGAUGAAGAUGAACGUCUGCUACAGGAGUUCGAGGAUGAGAUGGCCGACCUCUCUGUGCCCUCUGACAAGAUUGAAGAGAUAAAGGAGGAAAUGCAGAAGGAGUUUGACAACAUCAUAAAUGAGGCGCAGCAGGAAUUAGAGACAGAAGGUCUGAAAGGGGAGUUUGAUCGCACUCAGGCAACACAGACACUGGAGACGACGCUGGAAAAGAUACUUGAUCAUUUGGAGGAGAAAGACGUCCAAGACCCCGAGCAGCAAUCAGCAGGAGUCCAGAGAGCCAGUGACCCCACCAGGGGCAGCCCGAGCCUGGCUCCGAAGCAGCCAGACCAAGCGGCUGACGACCAUGUUAAGAUCAAAAUUACUAAGUAUAAGACGGGCAGCAGCCCUGAUGGGGAGGUCAAAGUUCAGGAGAUGGGCGAAGGAGACCCCCAGUGGCAGCACAUAAAGGACGUGGUUAAAGAACAGCUAGAGAAAGCAGGACUGAAGGCAGAAGGUAAAAUUGAGGUGAAGAUCUUGACGCGGAAAAACGCAGAGGAGGCAGGUGAUCAGUGGCUGACUGAAGAAGAUACAAAGUCCUUCAGGGAGCUUCUCAUAAAUCUCCUGACUGGAGGAACAGAAGAGGUUUACAAAGAGCAAAAAAGGCAGCAGGAGUUGGAGAACAACUAUAGGUUUGUGUGGGGAGAGUCCCAGGAGGAGACCCAGUCAUCCAGCACCUCUGACUCAGAGGACGUGGACAUUUGAGCUCAUUCAGUACAUUCAGUGCACCUUUUGUGACGGUGAACUCCUGUGGAGACCAACAGGGAGGGGGACUCUGAAGCGCAGCCGCAAGUUUGAAAGAGCCCCAAUGAUUCAGUAACUGCAAAUAAACCUGGCGGAUAAUAUCAACUCACCUGUUUGCACAUUCAGAAAAUGUGUCUGUGUGUCUUGAAUAGGCAAUACGUGUCUGAAGUGGGCACCAGUUAUAUGUUGCACGACGAACCCGCAACGUCUCAGCUGUGCCUGUGCAGCUGAAUGAAGUUAUGCAUUUUCCCCUUUUUGAUGGGAUUCAGUUUUGAUAGAUGGUGACGUGUCUUUUUUUCAGAAAGAUGUCAGUGAAUUUUACUGAGUUUGUGCAUCUAGUUCUGAAAUUGUCAGCAGCACACUGUGUCCACAGCUGAAAUAUUAGUUGCAUAUGUCUUAUAUGUUUGUGACAGCUGGAGGGGGAUUGUGCAUGCCUCAACAAACUGGAGGAGUGUUUGCACAGGUUGUUCAGUUUACUGUUAAGAGUAUGAUUGUGUGUCUGGCUUUGAAAAACAAAGGACAAAUACUCAAGGGUUCACAUUCAGUUCCCACUUGUCUUUAAACUUUCUGUUGAUGCUUUUGGUGAUUAGAUUAAACACAACUGUAGAUUACAGAAGUGUUUGUACACAUGCUGUGGCACUUUAGAAAAAAACUCACACUAAAAGGAGUGUAGGAAGAUAAAUCUUUUAAGUGUGCUUUAAUUUCUGAUAAGAAUUUAAUUUAGCAAAGAAAAACAAAGAAAGCUACAAUGUCAAUCAGAUUCAGUGUAAUAUAUAAUGAAUCUACGCAAAACUUUUCUAAGAAUCCUUCAGAGGUGUACUUAAAAGGGCUGAAUUUGUAUAAUUUGUGAAUAAUUGUGACUCAACAUGUACAUAAUUUUUGUGUUAAUAUGUUUUGGAUUUGAUUUGUUGCACAAAUUAAGUUGGACUUGAGUUAUCUGAGUAAAUGUUCAAAUUUGUGACGGUGCAGUUUUGUUUGUGAAAUUUGAUUUCACUGUGGAACUAAGUCGUACAGACUUUUUGAGACACAUGAUUUAAUGUCUAAAUGUUCAGAGGCUCAAGAGCAAGCCGAACAAAGCUUCAGGGUGUGUGUAGGUGUGUUCUUCACUUAGCCAGCUGAAUUUGUCUUCUUGAAGAAUUUAGAUAGCUCUUUAGUGUUUUGCAUCUAUAACGGUCUUAUCUGAUUCUUUAUCACAAAGUGAGCUAGCCAGCUAGAGAGUUAACAGAGCCCAAAGUUAACAGAGCCUCUUUAUAAUUUAAGUGUUUAUCUAAGAUCAGUCAUGCUAAUCCCAGUGAAGCCAGGUAACCCAAAGGGAGUCAGACUAUAGAUGUUGAAAUGUGUGAUACAGGCCACAGUUCCUUCAUCCGGCUUAAAGGGAAGCAGUUUUAAAUCCUCAAACCUUUCCCUAACAAACACAGGUGUGCCAUAAAACUCAUGUUCCUCUGCAUAUGUCAUUUUCAUCCUAACACUUCAGAUGCACACAUUAUUUGUAAACCAGGACAGCACAGUAGAAGCAAACAGUAAAAUAUAUGUUUAUUACUGUAUUGUUGAAUGGGAUUCUAUUACUGUGUUAGGAACACCAUAUUGGUUUCAUAGUCUGACAAAAGUCAAUCUAUGCUGCCUUGUAAAUAAGUCUUUGAGCGCUCUUUAUUUGUUCUUUUGAAAUAAAUAAAAAUGAGUCCUCUGGACAUUA